AACGUGCAUGCAACAAAUGACAUGUUUUAAACUAAAAACACAGUACUUAUGCUAUAUUUCUGUACUAUUUAAAUAUAAUCGAAUAAUUAAAAAAUAUAUUUUUUUAUAACAAGAAAUGAUUGUUGGAUCAGAAAGCAAAGAGAGAACUGUCAUAAUUGAAGAUCUGAGAUGUGUUGGUUGUUGUUCUCGAUGCAUAUUAAGAUUACUCGGAGAAAAAAGUUAUUCAAAUUUUAUUACACCUGAACAAGUCUUAAAAAGAUUAUCAGAAUUAGGAAACCAACAGGAAUGUGUAAGAGAACAAAAAACUGAUGAGAAUAUGGACACAGAACUGUUAUUACCUCCUGCAAAACGAUUAUGUGGCAUAUCUUGUAUUAGUUGUCUUAAUCUAUUAGAAGAACAUUGUGAUAACAACAUAUUAGAAAAAUACUCAUAAGUGGUACGAUCCAAA